AUGUUCGGAACCUUGCGCUACGAUGCUCAGAACGACGAUACCCAUUUUAUUGAGCGAACCACGGAUCCUCUGAACGGUAAAGGUGAAGGGCAAAGACCCCGCUACUCCGCAUGUGACAAGUGCCGAGCGAAGAAGCAAAGAUGCGGUGGCCGACGAGAUGGCUGUGAACGAUGCCUACGGACCUCAAGUGAAUGCGUGUAUUCUUUGCAAGGCAAAGGCCGGGGACGUCGAAAACGCAACGUUACCAAGGAUAAAGGCUUCAGCAUAGGAGACUCUGCCCUGGAUGCCGCGAAACUAUCGACCGCAAAUAAGCCUCAACAACCAGCGCCCGGUGAAUUCACACAAAAGAUGGAGGACUUUGCAGAUGAUACUAUGGGAAGCUUCAUGCCGGUUAAUAGUUUGGAGAAUGAUAUCCCUACACCUGGUCUUAUUCAGAGCGACAUGCUGCCGGGUUUCGAUGGCCGAACUAUCGACGACUAUCUAGACAGCAACUACAUCUCGACCCUGCCAUCCCAACAAGACUUUGAUCCAGACUUCUACUUCGCCAGUCACUGCGAAUCUCUUGAAAGCACGCCUGUAGACGCCCUGUCAGAUAUUUCUUCGGUCUUCGAGCAGGCUCAAUUACUCCCAUCGCCGUCCGACUUCGACUUGAACUCUUAUGUCUCCCGAUCACCUUUAUCGCCACUACAUUCUUUUUCCGACGGUCUACCAAGUCCACAGUCGACACCACAGGCACGUCCAGCAACCCCAUCCAGCAAAGUUCACCUAAAUAAGGAUGGCCCGGCAACUGUCAUGCAAGAUAAUUGCCGGUGUUUGAGCAUCAUGGUCAUCCUCCUCGAAGACUUGGAAACCAAAGCCAGGCACGUCGAUACCGCCGCGCUAGACUCAAUCCUCGUGUCGCAGAAGGAGGCGCUGGGCCGCUGCAAUUCUGUGUUGGAUUGCUCAACCUGCUUUUUGCGCUCCGAGUAUGUUCUGCUAUUAGGAAUGGUUACGGAACGGCUAGCCUCUCUAUGCGAGUCAACCGUGGCCAAAUAUCUCGACGACGUGACUGACGGCACUCCGGUCCGGGAGAGUACUGCAGACGGGAAACACCACGGGCGCGAAAAUCCGAUGGAUGACAUCAAGGUGUGCCUCGGUGGCUACGAGAUCGAGACGCCAGAUGAACGUGUCGGACUGGUUCGAAUGUUGAUCGUUAUGCAGCUGCAAAGCCUGCGGAAGUUCAUGCGGAAAUUCAUUGAGGGUGUGGCGACUGCGGUUGCCUCAAGGAGAGAGGGCAAGACGCAGGUGCUCAAGGUGCAAGCUGCGGAGCAGAGGCUCGCGAGGUUGAUGCAGAGUAUCCGGGAGUCCUCCAAGACCUGA